AUGGCAACAGUCGCAACCAAAGGCCCUUCUUCCGAUCCCGCCUCCGCUCUGCGCAUAGCGCAGCAGUCUCCCUCGAUCCUUGCAAAGUCGGCAUCAGUCAGUACGACCUUUCCUGCAUCAAUGUUCAACACAGCGGACUCCGCUGAACUGUGGGACGAGCUUGAACAACUCCUCUAUGCAUGUCUGCGGACAGGGGACGACGAGUCUGCCUUUCUAUGUGUGGAACGAUUAAGUCACCGAUUCGGGCCUACCAAUGAAAGAAUUAUGGCGCUGAGAGGGCUAUAUCAGGAAGCCACGGCUCCAGAUGAAGCAGCGCUGCGCAGGAUACUCGAAGACUAUGCCAAAAUACUGAUGGAAAACCCGAUGAAUGUUCCCAUUCACAAACGACGGAUUGCGCUUAUGAGGAGCAUGGGGAGGGCGCAAGAUGCCAUCAGGGACUUGGUGGAAUUUGUCGAUUCUUUUCCCACCGAUAUGGAAGCAUGGUGCGAGUUGAGCGACCUCUAUCAUUCGCAGGGGUGCCUCCCACAAGCCAUCUUCUGCCUGGAGGAGGCCGUGAUCAUUGCCCCCAAUGCAUGGAACCUUCAUGCACGACUGGGCGAACUCGAAUAUCUAGCUGCCAUGUCGUCAACGGACAAUUCCGAAGUCGAGCAACACCUGUCACAGGCAAUCCAGCGGUUUAGUCGAAGCAUUGAACUUUGCGACGACUACCUGCGGGGGUUCUACGGGCUAAAGCUGGCCACGGACAAGCUUCUGCUGACGAACACGACAUCCCGGGGGAACACCAGCUCGCCGAUCACCCCAGAUAAGGUGCAGAAACUGAAUCAGUUGGCCACGUCAAAGCUGGAGGCUAUUAUCAAGGACCGCAGCGGACGACGGUCAUCUGGGACCGAUCGGUCUGAGCUCAUUGCAGCUCAGGAACUGUUGGAUCGGUCCAAAGGCUGA